GCAUUUACUGGAAAACUGUACUUUGCUGGAAUUCAGAGAUUGCACAACUUGAAUAUCUCAAUUACAUUUACUACUUUGGAAAAACUCAAGUACAGUUGUUUGGGUUUAUUUUCUUUCUGAUGGCAGUGUCAGGUCAAGAAAUGGUUAAUGCAUGGUUUGCUGAGAGAGUUCACACCAUCCCAGUCUGCAAGGAGGGAACCAAGUCCCAGAGUGAAUCCUGUGCUUGUCACCAGCCUGUCUGUGCCGAGACCACCAACCCUGGGACCCCAGUGAGGAAAAUCUCUGCUUCUGAAUUUGACAGACCCUUAAGGCCGAUAUUUGUCAAGGACUCAGUAGGAGCAGUGAGCUUCCUUUCCGGCUCUGAAAAGAAGGAACAGAUGCCUCUGCAAUCUCCAAGAACUGAGACCAGUGCAGGGGAUCAGUGCUCAAGACUAUUAGAACUUGUGAAAGAUAUUUCUAGUCACUUAGAUGUCACAGCACUGUGCCAUAAAAUUUUCCUACAUAUUCAUGAGCUUAUAGCAGCCGAUCGCUAUUCCCUCUUUUUGGUCUGUGAGGACAGCUCUAAUGAGAAGUUUCUUGUAAGCCGACUGUUUGACGUGGCAGAAGGCUCCACCCUUGAAGAAGCUUCCAACAGCUGCAUUCGCCUGGAGUGGAACAAGGGCAUUGUUGGGCACGUGGCAGCUAUAGGCCAACCUCUGAACAUCAAGAAUGCCUAUGAGGAUCCAAGAUUCAAUGCAGAAGUUGACCAGAUCACAGGGUAUAAGACUCAGAGUAUUCUCUGCAUGCCAAUAAAGAAUCACAGGGAAGAGGUUGUUGGUGUGGCUCAAGCAAUCAAUAAGAAAUCUGGAAUUGGCGGCACUUUCACGGAACAAGAUGAAAAGGAUUUUGCCGCAUAUUUGGCAUUUUGUGGAAUUGUUCUUCAUAACGCUCAAUUGUAUGAGACAUCUUUACUUGAGAACAGGCGUAAUCAGGUGCUUCUUGAUCUCGCCAGUCUGAUUUUUGAAGAGCAGCAGUCUUUGGAAGUGAUUCUGAAGAAAAUAGCUGCCACUAUAAUAUCCUUCAUGCAAGUGCAGAGGUGUACCAUCUUCAUAGUGGAUGAAGAUAGUACUGAUUCAUUUUCUAGUGUCUUUCACAUGGAAUCUGAGGAGUUAGAAGAUUCAGCUGAAAAUCUGAAGAGGGACUGUGAUACAAACAAAAUCAAUUAUAUGUAUGCUCAGUAUGUCAAGAAUACAAUGGAGCCUCUCAACAUCCCAGAUAUCUACAAAGACAGAAGAUUUCCCUGGACAAAUGACAAUGCAGAAAAUGUAAGUCAACACAUAAAGAGUUUGCUGUGUACACCAAUAAAAAACGGGAAAAAAAAUAAAGUGAUUGGGGUUUGCCAACUUGUGAAUAAGAUGGAAGAAAACUCGGGCAAAAUCAAGGCUUUCAACAGAAAUGAUGAACAGUUCCUGGAAGCGUUUGUCAUCUUUUGUGGCUUGGGGAUUCAGAAUACACAGAUGUAUGAAGCUGUAGAAAGAGCCAUGGCCAAACAAAUGGUGACACUGGAGGUUCUCUCAUACCAUGCUUCUGCUGCUGAGGAGGAAACGAGGGAGCUGCAGGUAACAGCG